CUCGUUGCACCUGUUACUGACGGUAGUUUGCUGGAUUAAAAAGAAAAAGGGGAGAGGUCAGUUUCGCUACCGAAGACGGAAACGUAACUUCCCCCGGCUUCAUUUGCUUUAUUGUGCUAUGCGUGAAGUUUAGUCACCUGUGGUAACGCUUUUCGUUGAUUCAAGACUUCCAUGGAGGAAGCGGCUGUGACUCUGGUGGACAAGGUGGCCGCCUCGGCGGGUGAGGUGGCCGGGGGCGAGGCCGAGGAGCCGGUGGCGAACAGCAGAGACAGCCGCAGUCUGUUCGAAGACCCGUCCGGAGAGCCAUCACUUUGUGUGAAUGACUUUAAAUGCAAGAAGUACUUCGUCCUCAGGCCUGGCACGCUGCAACAAGCCAUCAAAGAAGUUAAAGUUCUGAUUGAUCCAGAAGUCGAUGGCAACAUUCUCGGCAUCUGGCUUAUGGCGGAGGUUGAUCACUGGAACAACGAAAAGGAGCGUCUCUGCGUUAUCACGGACAAUUUCCUGCUGGUCUGCAAAUAUGACUUUGUCAUGUUCCAGUGCGAGCAGAUCCAGAAGAUCCCACUCAACAUGGUGGACCGCAUCUGCUACGGAAACUUCACAUUCCCGCCAAAUUCUGUGCUACACCGCGAGGGCGAAGGCUUACGUGUCUUCUGGGAUCGCCUGAGAGAGCCAUCCUUCGUCUCCUGGUGGAACCCCUUCACUACAGACCUGCCUUUCAUAACCUUUACGGAGCAUCCUGUGAGGCUAAUCAGCAAUGCUUUUGCUACUAUUUGCAACAUGGAAAACUUCCGUUCGCAGCUCAAAGAAGCGGCGCAGCAGGCCCACAAGGUCAAGCCGGUGCCAGGGAAGGCUAAUGGUGUCAUGCUCCUGAACCAGAGCAUUUUUAUCAAGGCCUACUUUGGUUUAAUGUCCUUUUUGGGCAACACCAACAAGCUCGGCUACUGCGUUGCGCGAGGAAACAUCGGCUUUUAGUUUUCACGGGACUCCAUGCCUACCAGUUGACACUCCGUGAUUGAAACUGUGGCUGCUGUCCUACACUUUUUCUACAUUGCGUCACCUUGGGAUCACAAACAUAUAAUUGUUGUGUUUUUAAAGGUAAUUUACAGGUUUUUUUUCUUUGACGUUACUGACCUUUUGAUUUACUCGUCAUUGCUUUUAUAUGUUUGUCAAAAUUCUGGUGUUAAUGUAAUGUUAAGUCCAAAUUUACCCCUUGAUUUUUGAAACUUAUUAUUACAUACUUGUUUAUAUGCCAAAUCCACAGGGGGGGGGGUCAAACACAAUUUGUGUUAGUUGUUAACUUGUACAUGGUAAUGAUUUACUCCAAAAUAUUUCUACUUUGGUUUAAUUUAAUUCUCUGGGAACAACAAAGCAUAUAUUUUGUUACAGCAUAGCAGAUGUCACCUGUGUUUAUAGUGUCAAAUAAAAUUAAUAAUAAUAAA